AUGGGAUAUCUGACUCGUCGGUUCCGUAGAGCCGACGGUCCUGCACAGUGCGCACACGUAGAGUUACGGACGGCAACUCGUACGGUGCUGGCCGUGCGAGGCACCUGCCGCCCGGUACGCUGGAGGCAAGUCGAAGCCGCUGUGAACCGCUGUGUCGAUUGCACGUACCGUCAUGGUCAGGUGCUGGGGGUGCCGUCGACAGCUCCAUGCUGGCACUGUGUGGCUCAGGCCACGCACGCUUCGUCCACCUACUUCGCACUGGGCAGUCACGUCGGUUGGGAUCCCCCCCCCCCCAACGCCCGCACUCGCUCCGUCGUCACCUUUGUCACGUCGCCGCCUCGCCCUGUCCCCUCGUCACGGCGCAGGGGUCGUCUCCUUUCUUUGCCUGCUCGCCUUCGACUUGCGCUUGUAGGUGAAGACGCCGGCGAUGAUGACGCCGGCAAAGGCGGCUGCGUUUGCGGUCAGCGGCCAUGCUCCUCCGACGAUGCUCGAGAAGGCUCCUCGUUACCAAAGGUGCCCACGGCCGUGCCGGCAGACACGCUGGAGCUGACGGCCGGCACCGCUGCGUCGGAUGCCGGGUCGGCGGCCGAGGAUUCGCUUGGCGCCAGCGCCGCCGACAUCGACAGGACGAGGGACGAGGUCGGCUGGGAGGAUGGGCCCGCGGUCCAGGUUGAUGCCGACUGCUCCACCCCGAGGCUCGUCGUCGACGCUUGCGGCACCGACGAGGUUGGCGAGCUUGGUGUUGCCGUCGUUUGUGGCACCGACAAGCGUGGUGAUGUCGAUGCCGUCGUUGCCGCUCGCGACACCGACAAGGUUGGUGACGUUGGCGUUGCCGUCGUCGUCGUCGUCUGUGCCACCAGCAGAGGUGGUGGUGUUGCCGUGCGCGACGAGAGGCGGAGGCUCGUCGUCACGUCCUCGACGAUGGCGUGCGACAUGGUCACGAUAGGUGCCCGGGCCUCGAUUUCGACGUGUCCCACCUCCGGCGUCCUCCUCCACGCACCCUCUCCGACCCGGGGUGCCAUGGUCAUCGGCCGCGCAAGCAAGGAACGGCCUGCGCAGAUCGUCUCCGGAACCAAAAAGGGUGCCGCGAAAGAAGAAAGACAAGGGCAGAGAUGGCUCGAUGAAGCAGGCCGGCUGCUACCUCGCGCGUCACGUCAGAAAAAGGAAGCAAUAUUGCGUCCGGAAAAUGCGGCGAACCAUGGAUGUAAGUACGACGAGCAUGACCGCUGGUGGACACUCGUCGCUCUCCAACUCGGAGAGACGGCCUCGCGUCUCAACGCCACUCCUUGA